GGAGAGAAAGAUCCUAGAUGUUGGGAUAAAGUCCUUGAAGAGGAAUUGAGUCCCCGAGGGGAGGAAGAUCUCAAAUAUGAGAGAGGAAUCCUAGAGAAAAUAUGGAAUCCCAAGGAGGAGAAUAAUCCUUUAGAAAGGAGUGGGAUCCGUUAA